AUGGACGGCGUUUACAUCGUUCCAAUAACUCUAUCAGUUGAUACAUCCGGCAAUAUAGUUAUAAAAGCAAGUCAAGCCAGCGACUCUCCCGCUACAAGCGACUCUCAACCUUUACAUUACGUUCAAACUACAGAGACUAUAUCAGAAUCUGAACCAGCUAAGACUCCCAAUCAAAAUCCUCAGAGUGGUCCAUCUGUUAUAGUAUCACAAAAGCAAUUGAACCGAUGGAAACGUGGGAUACACCAAUGUAUGAGGCCCGCACCAUUCCCUCUUGCACCAACACCUGCGCAAUUGGGAAGGGCACCACUACAGAAGAGACUCAGUAGAGGUAUGUUUUGGAUACAUCAACUGGUUCGAACUGGUAGCAACGAGGCUACGAUUCCUCGGUCGGAGAGCGGACCCACCACGCCGUUGGACGUUGGAGAGGUGGGCGCACACUCUCCCAAGAAAGAAAACCUGCCCAGUCCAUCGCUGAAGAAGAGUCUAUUUAAGAAAGGCAAUGAGGAUGGAAGGGAUAAAGUUCUAGAGACGGUGAACUUCUCAGAGAAGUUCAAUACGUUGCCUCAGUUCAAGCCGGAAGCGUGCAGCCCCAGUGCGAUGGCUGUGCCGCGCUCACCUCAGCUAUACCUUAGGAAGAAACAUCACAAAAAUCAGUAUGGUGCCAUGUUCGGAGGCUUCAGAGGAAAUGUCUCCGCGAACGCCGUGUUCAGCUCGCGGCGAGGCUGGUCAUCGGCGGGUGUUGGAACAGAGGCGGCAUCUGGUGAUGAAGUUAUUUUCACGAUCACGGCCCAUGCGGCUCAUGCUGAUAUCUUCCCCAGCAAGGGUUCCUUGCAGCUGAAGAUCCGUGAAGUGCGUUCAGAAGUUGAUGGCCCAAAUCCAACCUCACAACCACACUCUGAUCUCAACACUCCCACUAGUUUAGAUGUGAACUCUCCUAUAGUAUCGUCACUACUACCGACCUCUACAGCCAGUUUUAGGCGUUUCGGCUACCACUAUGACCAUCUCAGUGCGACAAUAGAAACGAAAAACUAA